CGCUCUGUGUUUCGCGUGAAACCCCUUGCUAGGCAGUUGGAGACUGCAGCUUGAUCUUCCCGUUAGUCUCUUUUUUCCAAGUUGCUCAAUAUUAGCUCUCUGGGCCAUGCGAGGGCCAUUGCAGGGGCCAGUACCAAGGGAGAAGCAGCUUCCCAGGGGCUUAUUAUACAGUAAGGCAAAGUUUGAUUGCAAAAAAGACCAAUUUGUAGAAUCUGGGUUCAAGAAAAAAGACCGCAAAUCAAACCGCAUUUUCUCUUCUAAAUAGUUGCCACUGAUAUAACUAAUGUGGCAGCAACUGCAUUCGAGAGGUUGGCUGUAAAGGGUUAAGAAAAUACAGGAAGUCAAAUGCGAAAAGUGCAGUGGACAGUCAAGUAAUUUUCCAGAUCCUGACAGCAGACUAUUUGUCAUGAAGUCAGGUGCCUUUUGACAAGGCUUGGGAAGAGGCCGAUGUUGGAAUGAAUGCAAAUGUUUAAAAUUGACAUGCUAUUAAAAUUGCUAUUGUAACAGUGCUAUUCAUUUUCUCUUCAGAACUCCCCGGGAUAGAAGGACUUUGCUUUAAAGUGGAAAGCUGUUUCAAAUCUUGCAUAAAAACUGGGUUGAUGCCUGAGAUAUAGUCUUUAUGAAAGAUACCUUGCAGUGGUAGAGAACCUCACAUGUAAAAUAACAGUCCUUCCCUCAUAUGAGCUCAGGAUGUAUGAAAUAACACCUUACAUGGAAAAAUUAAUAUAUUACAUGGUAAAGAUUCUGUUUUGAAUCUUGGAUCAGAAAUAAGCUGCUGUAGGUAGUAAGUCAUUUGGUCUUGCAUCUGCUGUUGACCGUCCUCUUUUCAUUGAGUUUACACGUCCAAGGAAAAGACACUUCAGUUAUUUUGGAAAGGCACCUGUGUUGUGGGCUGGUACCUCAUUGUGGCAAGAAGGUGAUGAUGUACGAAGGCUUAAUAUUUACAAGCCUCUUCUUCAAAGGAGGGCUCAGACCAUCAUGAAGGCUCGUUUGAAAGGAGCCCAAACAGGUCGUAACCUCUUGAAGAAAAAAUCUGAUGCUUUGACACUUCGAUUCAGGCAGAUCCUUAAGAAAAUUAUUGAGACUAAGUUGCUGAUGGGUGAGGUGAUGAGAGAAGCUGCCUUUUCACUUGCUGAGGCAAAGUUCACAGCUGGAGACUUCCGUACCACUGUGAUCCAAAAUGUGAACAAAGCUCAAGUCAAGAUCAGAGCUAAAAAAGACAACGUAGCAGGCGUAACCUUGCCAGUUUUUGAGCAUUACCAGGAAGGAGGGGACAGUUAUGAGCUGACUGGCUUGGCCAGGGGUGGAGAACAGCUGGCCAAGCUGAAGAGGAACUAUGCCAAAGCUGUGGAGCUGCUCGUGGAACUGGCCUCCUUACAGACAUCCUUUGUUACUUUGGAUGAAGCCAUUAAAAUAACAAACAGACGUGUGAAUGCAAUUGAACAUGUCCAACAAUUUAUUCCCAGGAUUGAGCGUACUCUUUCUUACAUCAUCACGGAACUGGAUGAAAGAGAACGAGAGGAAUUCUACAGGUUAAAGAAGAUACAGGAAAAGAAGAAAGUAUUGAAAGAAAAAUCUGAGAAAGAACGGGAGCUGCGGAGAGCUGCUGGUGGGGAACGUGAACCUGCCAACCUCUUAGCAGAAGAGAAGGAUGAAGACCUUCUCUUUGAGUAACCUGGCACAAUUAAUUAUUGUAUAUGGGAGUGGGGGACCCAGAAGACAAUGUCCAGCUGCAAUGUAACUCUGGACACGUUGCCUCAAUGAUAUUUAUUUGGCUUCUCAGUUGUUGUAUAAAUCUGAGUUGACUGGAUUGUGGAUUUCUCCUGGGAGAUUAGAAAUCUGUGAAUUUCACUGCAGGUGCUUUACUAUCAAGAAAGCCUUUUAUUGUUGGUUUCAGUAGAGACUAUCAAGAGUCUUUUUGUGUUCCUCUAGUCUCCUUACUCAGUAGGAAUGAGUGCCCACGCUUGUUUCUUUUGCAGGACUGGCUCUGGUUUUCCCUAGUUAGCUUCCUUUCAAACUCCUCCCCUUUCAAGUGUAAGGGUGGAAAUGUCAUUUGGGGAGGGAGAUGCACACAAAAUUUUUGCUGUUGAACUAUUAAAAGUUACUUAAAGCACGUAUUGGCACAGUUUGAAGUUAAAUGUGAUUAUAGACCACUAUGUUUUCUAACCCAUUGAUGAAAUCCACACUCUUAAAUGAUUUAUUUCUGUUGCACGAUUGUUACCAAUGGCCUAAAUUUUGGCCUAUGUUUUUAAUUAGAGGUUCUGCCAACUUGUGUACUGUCUGUGCUAGAAACAAGUAAAGUUUCAAGUGUUAAAUGUCUGGUGUCUGGACCAAGUUGCGAGAGGAUAACAGCCUUAAAUACUUGGAAAUUGUAGUGUUUAUUUCAAAAUAAUGCUGCUUCCCCUGCCCCCAACUUUGAACCUGCACUGGGCUUCCUUUUACAGGCUGUAUCCACAUUCACUUAAACAUUACCUUGUUAGGUAAGUAACCAAGGAGAAAUGACUCUUCUGCCACAUACAAACCUCUGCGGAGGUAGCCCAUUAUAUGUUGCUAAAAUCCUCAUUGCACUGCCCCAAAGGAACUUUGUAAGGGGAAUUAAUUCUUCAUCCUUAAGAAGUACUUUCUGGUUGUACUAUGCUGAAAUGACUGUUUUGUCAACCCAGGGAAGACCCUGCUUUUAGUUGCUGGAGAAAAAUGUGCCAGUAAUAGGUUUAAUUGUGUUAUCCAAGAGAACCAUCAGGGCUGUGGUAGAACAGCUCCUAUGAAUUCUAACUUUCAGUGUAAGCCAUAGCAUAGAGAAGGUUGUACCUGUUGUUGAACAGUAGCUUUUUGCAACUUGUUGGACUAAAAGCUGUGUAACAGUAUCCUUCCUCCCUCUUCUACAGGCAGCAAUUUAUCUAUCAUAUUGCAAUUAACUAUCUUAGAUGGAACAGAACUCAGCUGAAGCUGGUUUUAGAAUGGAAUAAAGUACAAAUGAAUGCCAGGUCAACAGAUUGAGAGAAUUUUAGAAGUCUCUUCUGGAGCACUGAAGUUUGGACCGAGCAUCUUCUGUGGCUUUUGCCAAACAAGAUGACAGGCAUGCCCAUCUGAAAAUGGAUCACAUCAGCGCAGGUGAUUUACAGCUAGAACCCAGAAAGUUUCACUGAUAAAAUCCUGGAAUUUAGAGUGAAGGGAAGGAGUCGGUGAUUUCAGAAAGAAAUAAAAAUAGGAGUUAAACUAAAUUUAAAAAAUUAAGCAGCAACUAUAAGAAAACCACAGUAAGACAACAGUUGAGAGAAAUUGUAAAUCUGAGGAACAUGCCCUGUGUGCCCUUCUGACACCAUAUAUCCAGUGGGAGAGGUAUAGAAAACAGCCCCUAGGGCACUGAUGGAUCGAAGUGUCCUUUCACACAUUCAGGAACACAGUGGGAAAACAACUCCAAAAUCCACUACAAGAAAUAAAAUUGUACAGUGAAUUUAUUUUAAAUCUAGAAAUAUUUUACAUUUUUACAUUAGUGUGCAGUUCAUGAUGUCUCAAAAAUACAGAGUGCAGGUACAUGUAUAAAAGUACAAUGUGGGCCAAGCACAGCUCUCAGUAAAGUUACCUUAAGGCAUUAAACCCCCAUCUAUACUUUAAAAAGCCACAUAAUUACAUUCAAAAAUUCCUUUAUGCAGUUUGGCUAAUAAGUUUAUUUUUAAAUAAAUCUGGACUGGUAAAAAUACUGAUACCCUCCUUUCAGUUUGGUACAGCUCACUACAAAGCCUGUGAUAAUGUUAAAGUGUUUCACCAGUGAAGAUUGCAUAAACUUUACCCUCAAGGGAGUUAACAGUCUUCAUUAAAAAAAAGUAGAUUCAAACUGGUGGCAGAUGGACAGGCUGGUACAUUUCUCAGUGCUGCUCAAGUCUUUCAGCUGAAGACAAAACUACAUUAGCUAUCAUAGCACCUCUCUAUAUGGAUGUCAAUAUAUUGUGUGUCCUGGUAAUUAAGAGAGUAGAGAUGAACUUAAUGCAACAUUCUUGAAGUUUACAUUCAAAAGCUUUUUUGUCUAAUAACUUUUGUACACCAUUUCAGAAAAACUUGGGGAGAUAAAAAUUAGUCAAAUACAAUAACUGCAUGAUUUAACAUGACUGACACUGCAUGUUAACACUGAAUAUAUAAGGGGACAGAGCAACUAUCCUAUGUUGAUUGUGACUGUAACAAUUUGGACAAUACCUACCUAGCUGAGCUAGGUCAUCCUUGUCACAUUUUACUGCUUUCUGCCUUCUUGUCUGUGACUGUGACACAGUCAAUAACAAAGCCUAAAACAUCUACAAUCAUCAUCUUUCAAAAAAAGGGGGGGGCAGAACUGAUGUUCUGCCAUCUAUGAAACACUGACUAUUCAAAAUAACCGAAUGUUCUAGCUGUCAUAACAAAAGUCAGGAUUAAAGUGAGAACAUGCCUGCAAUGUGAGGCAAAAAGCCAUACUUUUGGAUCUCUAGCCCUUAGGCAACAGAUAGAACAUUAUUAAAUAAUUUCUAACACUGAAAUGAACUGAAGAUAAGUUUCCAACCCCUUUCCUUUCUGAAGGGUCACUACCUAGCCUCACUAAUUGCCUAAUUGUGUAUUUUAAUUGUUUUUAGGGCUAAAAAAAAAAAAAAAAAUCAGCAAAUACUUUUGCUAUAACACUGGAAUGCACUCUAUACUUUCAUUUUUCAGUACAUCACAUUAGUUCAGUAACUAGCAAAGUGAUCUGAUGCAACUUCUUAUAUUUGCUGUAUACUUAGUGCUCUCUAUUCAACUAUGGGUAUGAAUUUGUUCCAUCAAAGCUUGAAGAAAAAAUAUAUGCAAGACAGUAUGGAAAAAAGUCAACUACCUUUUAACCAUCAGCAUUAGACAGGAGUGAACUACACAUUGACAUAACUCCAGUGUUUUACCUGUAGGAACAAGGAAAUGCUAUGGCUAAAAAUCAAGAGAAACAUUCACAUUCAAGGUUCUUCAUGCUACCUAUUAGCAAACCAGCCAAGACACUACUAUUCAGUUAGCUUCAGCGACUGAGCAGUCCUACUGCAGAUGCAGAGCUUCAGUUAGUUAAACCUUCACAGCUCAGGUAAUUAUUUGAGGAUGUAGAGAUGUUGUGAUCUGUGUUUGCAGAACAUGCUAGGAUACAGACAGACCUUGCCUUCUGUUGACUUGUUUCAAGUUUUGUUUGUUUGUUUUAACAAUUCCAAAUAUUUCCCUUUCUUGUGACGUCUCAGUCAGUUGCCAGUGUUUUACACAUUUUUCCUGCAGUACUGAGCAAAUGCAGGACAAUACAUCGCUGGUGAAUUAAAAUACUAGUUUACAAUACAGUAGCUACAUUCAGCUAUUUUAAUUCCAGUUAGCUAUCCAUUAGAGCAACAGCCACAAGACAAACCUUUUCCAGAGAGAACCACCCCCACCAUCUUCAAUAUUCAGCACAUCCUUCUGUUUUAGUCAGUAUCCUUUGUUAUAAAACAUGAGAAUCUGUUGCUUCUUAAUCAGCAUGUUUUAUAACUAUGUAUUUUUCAUAAAAAUAUAAGCUUUGCCUUUUUAAAUAUCUCUACAGAUCUGUGGAGAACAGUGGCUCCAAUCAGUCAAUAAGUUUUAAUGAAAAUUCCAUAAAAAGAUCACAUCUAAAAGAUCAAUAUAAUAAUCAUCUUUGAUUGGACCAAAAAUUAAUGUGCAGCUGUUUGUGACUUACAAAGCCUGACUAAAAAGACCCAAGGAUUGAAAUAUUUACACUAUACACAUUUUCGAAUUACAGUGCUAUUAGAAAGUGGAAUGUUUUUUUUAAGUAAAAAAUAAAUUCAAGCCUCUCAGGGCAGCUUCAGAUCAGAGUGACAUCUUCAUUUUGUAUAUUUUUAAAAUAGGAAAAAUUUCUCAUCAGCAUUUCAUGUGUAGAUUAUUUCUCUGCCCAAUGAUCUGUAAAAUUACACUCCUGAACUACCAUCAUGUCCCACAAAGUCAUUAAGUUAAGUGUUAAAUAACAUUAAUAGUUAUAACUAUGUGACAACGUGGACUGCAUAUAUAUAUAUAUACA